AUGGGGAACUCCCAGACCAAGGAGGCUCGACAUGCCUCCUCGCCCUCCCGUCGUCACCAUCGAGGCUCGUCCCCCUCCGACUACGGUCGCUCGCCCUAUCAUGGGGGUGAGGGUUCCCGGUCUGGCCGCGCGAGCCGCCCGGAUCUGCCAUUCCUCGGCAUUGGCGGAACCUCCGACAGAGAUGUGGCUUCGCUCGAGCAGCGACGGGAAACGAAGCAGGAACGUGAGGCUCGUCGCCUGGAGAAGGAACGAAUCGCCCGAAUCAAGGAACGGGAACGGAGCAUGAAGGAGGAGCAUGUCGAUGGAGGCUAUCUGGUCACGCAGGGUGUCUAUACCGGCCCGGAGGACUUCAACAAGGCCAUCGUUCGGCAGUUCAUGAUUGAACGCCGACUCGCCCCGUUCUGGAGAGGUCUCAACGACUUCUCCGAUUCAUGGACCGAGCACCAGCUCGUCGCGGCCGCUCGAGGCCUGCCCAUCCCUCCAGCGGACCAGAUUCCUCCCGAGUUGGAGGACACGAUUCGCCCCAAGCCCGCCGAAGGCAGCACAGAGUCGCCGGACAAAGAUGCGCAGUACCUGACCGUCCCCAUCUCAUCGAGAUCGCCCUCGUUCACGUCGGAUACGUCCCAGAACGCCCAAGGAGCCCAGUCCCUACCGUCGACGUCCCCAAUUGCAUCCGGGACGUCGAGUUCGCCCAUCUUCCGCGGGCGCGCAAAGACGCUGGCGGCUCUCGCUACGUCCAAGGGCAACAACGCCGAUAUGUCACCGCGAGAGGUCAUGCUGCCCCAUGAUCCAUUCGUCAAUGGCCAGCCCAUCGAGGCUUAUCUCUACAAAGAUGCUACAGAGUGUCCCAUCUGUUUUCUCUACUAUCCGCCUUACCUCAACCGGACCCGCUGCUGUGAUCAGCCCAUCUGUUCGGAGUGCUUUGUCCAGAUCAAGCGGCCCGAGCCACACCCUCCUGAGCAUGGUGAGAGUAACGCCAAUGCGAGUUCCGAGGGUGGUGCUGGUGGUGAGCAGCAACGAGGGAACAACGACGGAGAGUGGCAGCUGGUGUCAGAGCCCGCCGCCUGUCCUUUCUGCGUCCAGCCCGAGUUUGGUGUCACGUACAACCCUCCUCCGUUCCGACGCGGAUUAGUCUACGCGACCCCCAAUGGCUCGCGUCCAGGACAGGCGACGCAGGUGACGUCUCCUGUGUCUUCUACCUCCUCUCUCGCCUCCUCCAACACAGCAGCAAACGGAUCCCAGCCGGCGACCACCGGACGCCGUCGCGCUACGUCGCUUUCGGCCAACGAUCCCAGUGUGAUCACUACCGAUAUGAUUCGCCCGGACUGGGCUCAGAAGCUGGCCAAUGCGAGAGCACAAGCGGCCCGCCGGGCGGCGGCGGCCACAGCCCUCCAUACCGCGGCAUAUCUCAUGAACUCUCCUGGAAAUGAAUCCCGGAAUUCUGGGGGCCGGAGAGGCGUCCUCCGAAGGACGGGAGGCGGUGGAUCCGGCAGUCAGAGUCCCAGUAACUACACCGGUUCGCCAGCGCUCCAUGCCCUUGCAUUUCUGUCGGAGCGACGGGGCGGAGCCGACCAGCAACACGGCGAAGAGGGAAACCUGGCCCCGCCCCGUGGAAGUUCAAGACGCAGCCGGAUCGACGAUCUGGAAGAGAUGAUGAUGAUGGAGGCAAUCCGGCAGAGUUUGGCAAGCGAGGAAGAACGACGGCGGAAAGCCGAAAAGGAAGUCCAAGAAGGAGGCCAAACGGAAGGAAAAGGAGGCCAAAAAGGCGGAGAAGGCGGCGCGCAAGAACACACCUUUAGUCGCGUGGAAAGCAGUUCGUCCUCCGUUCUCGGCGAAGAAUCCUCCGCGACUGGCAAGGGGAAGGGCGUGGAACGCGUAGCUCCUGGCGCCAGUGACAUUGAGUCCGGCCCCAGCAGCUCGAGUCCAUCCCAAUUCGCGGAUCCUUCUCCGUCGCACGUGCAGCCAUCGCCUACGGAACCAUCCCGACCGUCCCAUCUGCGGCAUAUGUCGAAUGUGUCGUCGGCUUCGUCAUCAUUUGUCGAUUCCACAUCGGGAGAACAGAUCGGAUCGGGGACUCUGCCGAAUGGAUCCAACCCAGCGUUGGAGCCGAUGUUCAAUUUCCGGAGUCUUGCCGCUGUGAUUGGCGACGAGGAGAAGGGGAAUGGCUCUGCGGAACAUGUGGAGGAGGCCGUUCCGCCGCAGGCCGAGAAUUCGGCGGCAGCGGAGGCCAAGCCGUCCAACUCAGAGAACGCGGUGGCUGUAGAGGGUCAACCUCCACAAGAGGAUGUGGCGAGUCUCGUUCCAAAGGAGCUCGAGGCCAACUCGGUCGAGAUUCCUCGGGAGGCGACGACGUAG